AUGAGCGUCACUCCAUUGUCGCCGUUCCUACAGGCAGCAGUAACCAGCGUCUCUCCUCCAACCUCAGCGACCCCGGCUGAUACCGUAGCAGGGUCUACAGCUCCCGCUGCCGAGCGAGUUGUCCGCGAUGGCGUCUCGAAGCGCUACCGCGUGCGGGCUAACUACUUCCUGGUCGGCGAUUUGGUCUGGGUGCGUCCUGCGAAGCUGCCGUACUGGCCGGCCGUGGUCGCUGACUGCGAUGAGGCAGCAAACCGCGUACGAGCCCGCUUGAUCGUACCGCCUCCCGCGGCCGUGCUCGCGGCAAACCUCGCCGAGGAGCAGCGGAAGUAUCGGAGGCGCGAGGAGGCGCGACUCGGCAAGAUGCACAAGAAGAAGGCUGAACCGGCGUCGUCAACCGCGACAGGAAACGAGGCGUCGAUUGUCCACGGUCAGUCAUCGCCGUUGGGGCUUGGAGUGGAUAGCGGCACGCUGUCCGCCAGCGGCGGUGCCGCCCCAGCGCCGCCGGAGCCGCAAUCAGACGUGGUCACGGCCAAUGGGCAGGUAGUGUACUUCUUUGACAAGCUGCGCACAACGGAGGAGCUGGACGUCUGCCUGGAGAAUCGUCUGCAACGCAACAAGCACGACGUAACUCUCUAUGAGGACGCCUUCACCCAAGCUGUCCUGCAGGCAAACCGACUCGCGCGCAUCUCUCUCAGCCCUGAGAAGCUGCAGCCGUACGAGGUGUGCGCUGUGGGCAUCGUGCACAGCCUGAUGCGGGCCCAUAUAGAAGCACCGCGCCAGCCGAACACCGGGACGUUCGAGCCACAAACCGGGCUUAUUCGCCUCCGCACUGGGCUUGAGAACGCGGCGCGGGACUUGGCGGGCUUUGAAUUCAUCUGGGUGCUCUUUCAGUUCUCAUUCGCCGCCCCGAUGGCUUCCGGGGAGGGGCAGGAGUCGAUGCGCAAGUUUCGCGAGGCGAGGGAAGCCAGUGCGUCUGCUACCACAAAACCUGCGUUGGCGGUGCCAGACUCCGUGCCUGCUACGGCCGAAAAAGCAUCGCCGACAGCGGAUGGACACGUCGAUGUUUGCCGCGACAGCGACGGCGAGGCGCUGUCGGCGUGGUCGCUCUCCUCUUUUCGGCGGCGGCAGGGAUUCGAUAGGGCUGCCGGUUUCAAGACGAUGAUAAUACCCCCUCGUGAUGAGGAAUGGCGCGGCGUCUUUGCCACACGCAGCCCGCACCGACCCAACUUCAUUGGCCUCUCCUGUGUGCGCCUCGUCGCAGUGCAUGGCCUGGACAUUCACAUAGCCGAUCACGACUUGCUGCACGGUACGCCGGUGCUGGAUAUCAAGCCGUACUUGCCCUACUGCGACGCCCACCCGGACGCGCGUGCGGGGUGGGUCGAGGUGCUGGACGCCAGCGGCAAGGGGAAGGGCGAUCACAAGUAUGAUAGGCAGACAACGCAGGUCCAUCGAGUGAGUCUCGAGUGA